AUGCGCGAUAUGCGGCCCCUCGUGCUUCCAAAAAUGGUCGCUGCCAGGCGCUCCCUCAGCGAAGGCAGCGACGACCGAUCCUACCCCGAUUCCUCCGCCCACUCCAUAACCUCCGAGCCUUCCACGCCCUCCACCCCGUUGAGCGCCGUCUUCUCCACCCGCGGCCACAAGAGGCAAUCCAGCUCCACGUCUUCUCUUUCGCUCUCGUCGACGCCCCCCUCCUCCUACGAACACCUGGAUAGCAUGGCCUCCGGAAAGCUCCCCCAGCUCGAGGAGGCGGACGAGUAUGUCAUGGACGAACUCAUUGAUGUGGACGACUUUCCCAUGUUCAACAGCGAAGUCCCCACACCUUGUCUAUGUGACACGGAGUUUUGCGCGCACCAAGGAAGCAGCAACUCGGAUUCUACCGUCUCUCCUCCCCCGGACAGCGGCUCUCUGGCCUACCACUACGACCUCUCCGACAGCUAUUCCGCAGACGAGUUCGAGAUGCCUCGUCGUACGUCGAAACGCAGAAGAUCCGGCGUCGAGUCUCCGGUCAACAGCAUCGCGUCGCGCUUCGGCGAGCGCUUCCCUUCGCUCACGCGACGGUGGAAGAACCGCAGCCGGGCGGGGUCCAUGCUCUCCCGCGAAAACACGCGCACCUCCACCUCCACUCCCUCCGGCUACGCCUCCACUCCGUCCGGUUAUGCCUCCAGCCGGUCUUCUUCCAUGACCGGCUCGGCGAUACCCUCCUUCACCAGUUUUAGCACCAGCGAAACGGAGCUUGCUGGAAGCCCCAGGGAUUCCGUGGUGCAUGAAGAGUACGAAGAGGAAGAGGACGAGUUGAUCCUUCUGCCGCCGCCAAUUGACAUGGUUUCGCCGGUUCUGGCGGAGGAUCCGAUUGAUCGCAACGCCCUCGCUUCGACACCCCUGCUCCCGCCUAUGAUGGUUGAGAAGCGAUCGCCCAAGGAAACGCCCCUGCAGUCUCCCCUGCAGUCGCCUAGUAUUGCCGCCGACUCGAGUGCCUUCUCGGCAAUGAACAGCCCUCUGGGAACGCCCCAGCCACCGCAUGUGCAGACUCCUCCGUUGUCCACGAAGGCAUCGAUCGCGUCGUUCCGACAUGGGCGACCCGGCCAGCUGGUACCAGUGGCGGACAUCCCACCAAUGAUGAUUGCCGACGAGCAUGACGAGUGGUCGAUCAAACUUGGCCACGCCAACUUUACAAUUUACCCGGAGCCGUACAUGCCGGAGGUCUGCGACGCAGAUGCUUGCCGCGAACUAUUUGCAAAUUGGGAACAAGCACGUUGCAACUUCACCAAGCAUCAAGUACGCACCGGCGAGCACUUUGGCGUCACGUCCAAGACGUACCAGCUAACGGAAGAGAAAUGGGCCGAGAUCGACGCCGAGUGGAAACGCAACCACGACGCCGCGGCCGCACGUGCAGCCGAGCUAGGCCUCGACCGCGCCGACUGCCCGACUCCGAACGAGCCGGCGCCACUCAUGAAAAUGCCGUCGCUAAACGACGCGCAGGGCGCGGGAAAGUUUCCCAAGCUCGGUGACGAAGACAUAGUGGGUCCCAUGGUCCAGAUCGCGGCGCGCAUACCUCACACGCGCCCGUCGAAGAAGGCGGCGCUGCUGAAGUUCAUUGGCGACCUCAAGCUGCCGGGCGCCGUCAUCGGACGAGCUUCGCAAUAA